AUGCCCGGCCUGUUCAUAGCAUUUGAGGGCGGAGACGGCGCUGGCAAAACAACCCAGGCCAGUUUGCUGGAAACGGCGCUGUGCGAGCGGGGAUAUUCCACGGUGUCGGUACGUGAACCGGGUUCCACGACGCUGGGUAAUUACCUGCGCCAAUAUUUGGUCAACGAACAACCGGUGUCGCCGCUGGCCGAGCUGUUCCUGUUCGAAGCGUCGCGCGCCGAGUUGAUGCGUGAGGUGAUUGAACCGCAACUCGCAGCGGGCGCGGUGGUGAUAGCCGAUCGGUUUGCCGGUUCAACAAUCGCGUACCAGGGUUACGGCCGGGGCCUCAACCUGGAGCGCAUCGAGUGGCUGAACGACGUGGCCACCGGCGGAAGGUUUCCGGACUUGACUGUUCUGCUGGACAUCGACCCGUCGAUCGGGCUGGGCAGAGUACACGGCCGGCAACUUGAACUCAGACUCCAGUACGGGGAGGAAUCCGACCGAUUUGAAGACCAACAACCCGACUUUCACCACAACGUCCGUUACGGAUUCCAACAGCAGGCUGCUGCUAACCAGGGCUGUUGGGUGUUGGUGGAGGCCAACCAGUCGAUAGAGACGGUGGCUUCGCAGGUCUGGUGUGCAGUUGAGACGAAGCUGGGGUUGCAUUCGUCCCAGGAAUAA